UUAUUCGGAGAUUGUCAGCAAAAGACACAGAUUCACAAGGCAGUUAUUCUCUCUCUCUCCACAGGAGCACUCGCAGUCUAUUCUUGCGCCUCGUAAAGCCCCCACUCAUCCCUUCUUUAUUCUCCCUUUCCCUCAUUCGGACUCUUUUUUUUUAAACCGUGUCCCCAACUUUGUACAAAAGGACUCGCCUGCUGUUUUAAAAUGGCCGCUCCUGCAGCAAUCUCUAGCGCCACUUCCCAUUCUGCUACUGAAAAUGGAGACUGGAAAGGCAAACUAGCCAUACCUCCUAAGGACAAAAGAAAACAAACAGAAGAUGUCGCUCGUAGAAAAGGCAACGAAUUUGAAGACUACUGCCUUAAGAGAGACCUUCUCAUGGGUAUCUUUGAAAAAGGCUACGAAGCUCCUUCUCCGAUUCAAGAGGAGAGCAUACCCAUAGCUCUCGCUGGGAGGGACAUACUUGCCCGAGCAAAGAACGGGACGGGUAAAACCGGAGCAUAUCUCAUCCCACUCCUGGAGAAGAUCGACACCGAUAAGACACACAUACAAUCAUUGGUAAUUGUCCCGACACGAGAGCUAGCAUUACAGACGUCACAGCUCUGCAUUGAGCUAGGGAAGCACAUGAACGCUCGUGUGAUGGUGACAACAGGAGGUACGAGUCUAAGAGACGAUAUUAUGAGACUCGAUGAAACCGUUCACAUCAUCGUCGCAACCCCCGGGAGAAUAUUGGACCUCAUUGAAAAGGGUGUGGCUAAGAUGGGUGCGUGCCAAAUACUCGUUCUAGAUGAGGCUGAUAAGUUGUUAUCAAUGGAUUACCAGAAGACACUGGACAGGAUCAUAUCAAGGCUACCCUCAGGACGACAAGUCUUUCUCUUCUCUGCGACAUUCCCUAUCUCCAUUCAAGGUUUUAUGGACACUCACAUGCGUAAUCCGUACAAGAUUAACCUGAUGGAUGAGCUAACCCUGAAAGGUGUCACCCAAUAUUACGCAUACUUGGAGGAAAGACAGAAAGUCCAUUGUCUUAACACACUCUUCUCAAAAUUACAAAUUAAUCAGAGUAUAAUAUUCUGCAAUUCAGUUCAACGCGUUGAGCUAUUGGCCAAGAAGAUCACCCAGCUCGGCUACUCUUGCUUCUUCAUGCAUAGUAAGAUGGCACAGCAUCACAGGAACAGGGUCUUCCAUGACUUCAGGAAUGGAGAGUGUCGUAAUCUAGUCUGUACUGAUCUCCUUACAAGAGGCAUCGACAUUCAAGCAGUCAAUGUUGUCAUCAAUUUCGACUUCCCAAAGACCUCCGAAACCUAUCUCCAUCGCAUCGGGCGCUCCGGAAGAUUCGGGCACCUUGGACUCGCCAUUAAUCUCAUCACGCAUGACGACCGAUUCAAUCUCUUUUCCACCGAACAGCAACUCAAGACGGAAAUAAAACCAGUCCCAAAGGAAAUCGAUAAGAGACUCUACGUGGCUGAGUAUCAGGUACUCAACGAGGCUCCUCCCCAGACUAGCUCUUCAAAGUCAGAGGGAGCGAAGCCGUUAAAAACUUAACGGUCUUUCUCUUGCGCCUCCAAAAGCUAGCUCUACUUUCUCUUGGAACUCACACUACUUCUACACUUCACCUUCUAUUUUUCUUUCUUUCUUUCUCUCUCUCUUUCUUUUACUGGCUUUUGGUUGCUCAAUUUUUAUUUCAUUAUCAUUAUAAAUUGUCUGUACCUUUUUGUGUUUAUACAUGUACCUAUUGUAUGUCUUUACUGUAUCAUAUAUUAUAUUAUAAUUGUGAUAAUAUCAUUAUCAUUAUUAUUAUUAUUAUUAUUUGUUUUGUGAGUGUAUGUACUUGUAUGAAUUUCAUUUGUACAUUCCCACAGACACUCAUUCCGAUCACUGGUCACUUGAUUAUUAUUAUUAUUAUUAUUAUUAUUAUUAUUAUCAUUAUCAUUAUUCUCUCAAUUAUCUCUUUAUUCACCACCUCUCUCCCUCUCUUUAUUUCUAUUAUGCAUCUCUCUAGGUUAUUGUUUUUGUCACCCCCUCCCUAUCUCUCUCUCUCUCUUUCUCCCCCCCUCUCUCUCUUCUCUUCAUUCGACUGCAGACUUGUUACUAAUCAUCACACCAAAGACCCAGCCUAGAACACUUAUCCUCGUGUUGCUUCACUUCAAAGCUCACAUUCACAAAAAGAAGUUGGAAAAGCUACACGUACACUAAAGAAUCGAACUUGAAUCUAAAGCUAAGACGUGUUGGUUGGUUGAUAUUGACAUUGAAAGUGACUGAGUACAACUCCAGUAAGUGAAUUUGAGUGAUUAUUGUGUGGCCUAUAGGAGGAGGCAGUGACUAGGUGAAUAUAUACACACCCAUGCACUAUUACAAAGCAAGUCUGACAGAAUUAACGCAGCACUAAAUGGGUCUUUGAAGAACACACACAGAGGCUGUUACAUGCACAUGUGAACAAUACCAGUUUUGAGUUGAUUCUACUAAUUGAUUUCUCAUUGACUAGUAUCAAUCAGCAGUGGUUUUUUGAUUUAAGGCCGGGAGAUUUUUAUCUUUAAAUGACAAGAUUAAAAGACUAUACCAGAAAAAAAA